AUGACCAACGAUGAUUUAAUUUCAAAUUCGAAUGAUGAUACAAAAACAAUAGAAAAGCCGACACAAUCAAUUCUUGCAUCACAACAACGACAUAUGAAUACAUCGAGUGAAUCAGUACGUCGGCAUGUUCGAAUUAUUACAGAAGGAGAAAAUAUGGAUAUGGGUAAAUGGUUAUCUAUAUUAAACAAACUUUAUGAUGAUCGAACUUAUUCACCAUCACAACGUGUAAUUUAUACAGUUUCAUUAUUAAAUGAAGAACAAAAAUUAUGGUACGAACAAAACAAGGAUGAAAUUAAAGAUGAUUGGACACUUUUUUGUGAACGAUUAGAACAAUAUAUACACAGUUAUAAACCAGCAGGAACAAAUCUCUUACUCAAUGAUACUUCAGUAUUGAACAAUACUACAGUAGUUAUACUAGAAGAUCUUAUUGAUUCAAAAUUUAAUAAAUAUUCAGGUGUUGGUGAUGCAAAAGAUUGGUUGUUGCAAACAAUGAAUCAAUUUAAAGCAUGUGGAUUACGGCGUGACGAUCAGUUUGAAGCUAUACCUUUAUUAUUAGAAGGAGAUGCUUAUUUAUGGUAUGCUGAAAAUAGUGAUGCAAUACUUAAUUUUGAAAUAUUUACCAAGUUAUUUUUACAACAAUACAAAUCAACAGUAUCAUCACUAACAAGUUCUACAGUGGGUACGAGAGCAUUGGUCGCCUCAGUACCUGAUCAUACGUCUACAUCACAUUUACAACGAACUGUAGCAGAUGAAAUUAUCAAACGACCAACAUAUUUUCGUGGCUCCCAAGAUGAUGUACAUGAAUGGUUGGACAAACUAGAACAACGAUUUUCAAUGGCACAAUGGAGUGAUGCAAAUAAAUUACAUUAUAUAUCCAUACAUUUAUUAGAAGAUGCUUAUCGAUGGUGGAUGCAAACAUCUUCAACAAUUAAUACUUGGUCUUCAUUUACAAAUGCAGUUACAAGAGCUUUUGGUUCAACACGUGCACAAGAACUAGCAUUUGAACAAUUAAAAUGGUACAAACAAACAAUUAAUCAAUCCAUUACACAAUAUUAUGAUAAAAUUAUUGAAUUAUGUAAGAAAGUUGAUCUUGCAAUGCCUGAUUCUUUGAAACUAAAAUAUUUAAUGGCUGGAAUUAAAGAAUCAUUAAAAACACACGUUGCAUUACAAGAUCCCAAAACAACAGAAGCAUUUCUAUCAUCAGCAAGAAAAAUAUGA